AUGCAUAAGGUUGAAUUCGGUCUUGCUAAGAGUUAUCGGCUAUACGAAUUCCUCUCGGGAGUCUACGAAGUAUACGCAGACGGUUUCUUCAACUAUGCGCCGCUCAACUCGACAGCCGUGUCUAACGAUAUCAUCCCAUUCAAGAACAAUGUACUAUCUACAAAUGUGGAUUCAGAUCACGCUUUGACUGUUUACAUAUCAUUCCAAGACCAGCGCCCCCUUAAGCCAGCGCUUCGCAAGCGGGCAAAACUCGAUCAAUCGUGCAGCGGCGACCAGAACUACAAACUGAAGGAUGCUCUCUAA